AUGGCACUUCCCACGUCAAACCUAUUUCCACUUCUUCUUCUCCUUCUUCUCUCUCUCUUCGCUAAGUCCGGGAGCGCUCACGAUUACGCCGAGGCAUUGUCCAAGGCAAUCCUCUUCUUCGAGGGACAACGCUCCGGAUUCUUGCCGCAGGACCAGAGAAUGACGUGGCGUGCCAAUUCGGGUCUCAGCGACGGAUGGACCUACAACGUCGACCUCACCGGCGGCUACUACGACGCAGGCGACAACGUGAAGUUCGGGUUUCCGAUGGCAUUCACCACCACAAUGCUCUCCUGGAGUGUGAUCGAAUUCGGAGACAUGAUGCCUCCCAACGAGCACAGAAACGCGCUGGUGGCAAUCCGUUGGGCUACCGAUUAUCUCCUCAAAACCGUUUCACAGCCCAAUCGCAUUUUCGUUCAGGUGGGUGAUCCAAUCUCUGACCACAACUGUUGGGAAAGACCCGAGGACAUGGACACAAGUAGGACUGUGUAUGCUGUUGAUGCACCAAACCCAGCUUCAGAUGUGGCUGGUGAAACUGCUUCGGCACUGGCUGCUUCAUCCAUGGCUUUUCGUUCAUCGGAUCCUGCUUAUUCAGAGACUUUGCUGCGAAACGCUGUCAAGGCAUUUCAACUCGCCGAUAACUAUAGGGGUGCCUACAGUGACAAUUCUAAUGUUAGGGAUGGUGUGUGCCCAUUUUAUUGUGACUUCGAUGGAUAUCAGGACGAAUUGUUAUGGGGAGCCGCAUGGCUGAGGAGGGCCACUAAGGACGACAAUUUCCUGAACUACAUUCAAAGCAAUGGCAAAACGCUUGGUGCUGAAGAAAAUAUAAAUGAGUUCGGUUGGGACAACAAGCAUGCUGGCCUUAAUGUUCUUGUCUCCAAGGAAGUUAUAGAAGGAAAUGUAUUAUCUCUUGAUUCCUACAAGACUUCCGCAGAAAGCUUUUUGUGCACACUGAUACCCGAAACAUCAAGUUCACAUAUAGAGUACACUCCCGGUGGACUCAUAUACAGGCCAGGUGGUAGCAACUUGCAGCAUGCCACUUCAAUCGCUUUCCUUGAAUUGGUUUACGCUAAUUACCUAUCACGCACUUCACAAACCAUCAAUUGUGGGAACAUCUAUGUGAAUGCACAAACUCUUCGCCAGCUUGCUAAGAAGCAAGUUGAUUACAUUUUGGGCGAUAACCCAAUGGGCAUGUCGUAUAUGGUUGGCUAUGGUAACAAGUAUCCACAACGUAUUCACCAUCGUGGCUCAUCUUUACCGGCCAUUAAGGACCAUCCUCAAGUCAUUGCCUGCAAAGAAGGUUCAAUCUACUUCAACUCAACCAAUCCUAAUCCUAAUGUUCUCGUGGGAGCCGUAGUGGGAGGACCCGGAGAAGAUGAUGUGUAUGGGGAUGAUAGGGCUGAUUUUAGGAAGUCCGAACCAACCACAUAUAUUAAUGCACCAUUUGUUGGGAUUUUAGCAUACUUUGUUGCUAAUCCCAAUCCUUGA